AUUCAAACAAGCAACGUCAAACCGCAGAAAUAAAGCUGUUGGUAGAACUAUCUCAUGAACUGGUGAAUGAACAGGGCUAGUUCGGAUCAAACAGUUGCCGCGGAGGUGUUUAAUAACAAAACCACAACAAAAACAUGUUUGGUAGAAAGAAGAAGGCGCCGAUGCCCAAAGGACAGGGCGCUGCAGCAGCCAGACAGAUGGGGUUGUUUGUAGACCUCAACCCUGAGGAGAUGAUGAUGGAUGCGGAUGAAAAUCUCGACGACCCAGAUCUGGAGGCUGAACUUGCUGCUAUUACUGGAAAUACAGUUUCUACAAAGGAAAGAGUCAAACCCAAGGGGAAAAGCCCUCUGCCCAUGGAAGACAUUGCUAAAAUGGCGGAUGAGUGCAUGAGAGAUGUGGAUGAGGAGGAAGAUGAUGAUAACUUUGAAGAUGAUGAAGAUCUAUUGGCGGAGCUCCAGGAAGUGGUGGGUGAAGAGGAAGCUGGGGACACAGUAACUGCUUCCUCUACAUCCUCCGCCUCUGCUGAAUCUUCUCUAGUUGAAACAGUCGAGCCCUCAGCUGCGCAGGAAGUAAAGAUCUCCAAAGCACCUCCUGGUAGCCUUCAGAAUACUCUGGAGGAGCGAGCAGACAUGUAUAAGACUGCAAUAAAGAAUGCAAAGGCAGCAGGAGAGGCAUCCAAGGCCAGAAGAUACGAUCGAGGUCUAAAGACACUGGAAUCGAUGUUAGCUGUUCUGAAAAAGGGAAAGCCUGUCAACGAAUCAGAGAUCCCACCACCUGUCGCUACCGGAGCCCCAAGCACUGUGUCUCGGCCUGCUGCUCCUGUAAGACCCGUCCCCCCUGUUCCUUCGCCUCCUGAUCCAGCUCAGCAGGAGGAGAUAGAGACCACAACACUACAGUCAGCUGUGCCUGAUAUCGUCACACCCAGCAGUGAAGAAGGGGGGUCUUCCACUUCCAUACUGACUGCGAGCAAUCUUCCAUCUCCUGAGGAGUUACCUGACCCCACAAAGGCCAAUCUGACUGAUUCCAGCAACAAGGCGACCAAGCUGAUGCUUUUGGAGAGGCAGAAAGAAUACAAGCUGGCAGCUCUGAGGGCAAAGAAGGAAGGGGAUCUGGAGCAGGCUAAGCUCUACUUCAAGACCAGCAAGAGGUUUGAUGCAGUGAUUGAGGCAUUGGAGAAAGGACAAGCAGUCGACCUCAGUGGCCUUCCAUCUUCUCCUGAAAAAGGUGCAGAAAGGAGCUCUGCUGUAUUGAACAAACCUUCCUCUGAGCAGAACAUGGACGCCUCCCUGCCAGUUACAGCAACCCCUGGCCCCGCUUCCCCUUCAGCACCUAAAGAUGUUUUGGAGGCUCUAGAGCAGAGACGAGUUAAAUAUGUGGAGGCAUCAAAUCAGGCCAAAGCCAGUGGGGACGACCGCAAGGCCCGAAUGCAUGACCGCAUUGCUAAGCAAUAUCAGAGUGCUAUCCGAGCCCACAAAGCUGGGAAACCAGUCAACUUUGAUGAGCUUCCAGUUCCCCCUGGAUUUCCUCCGAUCCCCGGCCAGAAGGCGGCAGGUGCUGAGCAGCAGUUUAUCGCUACUCUGGAGGCAGCUAGCAAGCUCACUUCCACUGAUGCUACUGAAGUUGGAGAUGAGGAGGAGGAAGAUGAUGAAAAGGAGGAAGAGUCAAAGAUCGCUGUUCCAGAAAAGCCAAAGAAGCCGAUGUUGGAUGUCCCCACAACGGUUCCAGAGCAAAAACGAGCGCCCUCACCUUCACCAGACAGAACGUCUCUAAAGGAAAGCCUCUCACCCGCAGCCGUUCAACUGCUGGAGCUCUUGGAGAGCAGAAAGAAACAGUACAUGAAGGCAGCUCUACAGGCCAAACAGAAGAACGACAUGGAACAAGCAAAGGGUUUCCUCCGCACUGCAAAGGGCUUGGAGCCCAUGAUCGAAGCAGCACGCAGCGGCAAGACCGUGGACAUCAGCACGCUGCCAUCGCCCCCUGGUGACGAAGAGGACGACUUCAUCCUGGUCCAUCACAGCGAUGUGCAGCUUUCAGAGAAAGCAGAGCAGGUUUACACUCAGCUGUCCAGCAUUCUCAAAGAGCAACAUGAGAAAUGCUUGACGUACUCCAAACAGUUCACUCACCUUGGGAACGUCUCUGAAACAACAAAGUUUGAGAAGAUGGCGGAAAGCUGCAAGAAGAGCAUGGAGGUCCUAAAGCUGGCUCAGUCGAGGGGUCUUCCUCCUCCUAAACAUCACUUUGAAGAAAAAUCCUUCCACACUGUGAGAAUAUUUCCAGAGCUGAGCAGCACCGACAUGGUUGUCAUCAUUGUGAAAGGGAUGAAUCUUCCUGCUCCUAGUGGAAUCCAGCCCAAUGAUCUGGAUGCUUAUAUCAAGUUUGACUUCCCCUACCCCAGCACAGAGCAGCCUCAGAGACACAAAACAAACGUCAUAAAGAACAAUAACUCACCAGAAUAUAACCAGAGCUUCACACUGUCAAUCAACCGUAAUCACCGCGGCUUCAGGAGAGUCGUGGCGUCUAAAGGCCUCAAACUGGAGCUGCUGCAUAAAGGUGGUUUCCUGCGGAGCGACAAGCCCAUCGGGUCAGCACUCGUAAAGCUGGAGAAACUGGAGUCACAGAGUGAAAUCAGGGAAAUCGUAGAGGUGAUGGACGGCCGUAAGCACACAGGCGGUCGAGUCGAGGUGAAGGUGCGACUGCGGGAGCCUCUGAGCGGUCAGGACAUGCAGAUGAGCACAGAGCGCUGGCUGGUCAUCGACUCCUCAAAGAGUCCUGUUUAGAUGCGUUUCAGUAGAGGAGUAACAGAUAAAGGAGGAAAUGGAAUCGGUGAGGAACACUCGGAAAGAUGAGAUAUGGGAUCUGCUGAGGACAGUCUGUUGUUUGUGUGGAACCAAGACCUUAACCGAUCUUGGACUUCUUUAACUUUUUGCACACCAGUGCAACAUGGAAGCGCCUUUUGCACAGCAGUCCACUCAGAGGAGACGUUUUGCCAUUGUACCCGGGCUCAGUGCAGGGUCUGAGGAGCUGCUGUAGGACUGUGAUGAUGCAUGAAGCAGACCUUAGACCAACAAGCUGAAGGCUUAUUGAAUCAGAGGUAAAGAGACCCAGGCAGCCAUUGCAGCUGCUCCUGGUAAAUCAGCUGCACCUUGAGAAGUUAGCAGUCUGUGUUCUGCUAAUGUUGAAGAGCUACCCUCUUGCUGGCUAAAACUUAAAUUUAUUUAAUUUACUCUAACAAAUCAUUUGUACAUAUUGGUCAUAUUUAAACAUAUCUAGGAUGUAGAACUUUACUAUGCACUAAUACCAAAGUAAUCAGAGUUGCUGUAAUAUCCUGCAUAUUUGAAUCACCUUUAGUUGCCAAGUAUGUUACAAAGUUGCAGAAAUUUAUUUUUUACAUUUCUAUAAUACGGCUGACAUGUUUGCACCUUAGGUUGUCAGGAGUUUCCACAGGAGAAAGCCCAGUGGUUAUGAAGCUACAGGAGGUGUGGUUAGGCCGUUAUUCUAAAGACUGUCCUUUCUGCACCUUCUACUUUUACUGGAAGUUGGAGGUGUGUUUUGUUUACAAUAAGAAGCACAAAACCCCAGAAAUCCUUAAUAUAUGCAGAUAAAGUAGAGGUGUAAAAGUUAUGGAGUAGCCUAUCUAAAGUAGCAGUCUGGUUAACUGUUUUACAUCGUUUCAAGGGACAAAUUAUGCCCUUUAUGACUGAAAAUUCUUAAGUAGAAAGACUGAGCACUGUUAAAUGAUGUCAGUUGAGUAAAAAUAUGAAACUAAUAUCAGGCUUUAUUACAAGUGUUUUCUGUCCCUGUUUCAGUUCUUUCUGGGAGUAGUUAAAAGGGUCAGUUACUGUUAAAAAAAGCAAUACUUUUAAAGGAAGUCUGGUCAUUUUAGUUCCUAAAAUGUUGGUCUUAAAAGUUUACCAAGAAAUUAUGCUUCUCAGAGUCCAUAAACUGUAGGACAUAUUGGCAUUGCAGACUGUUAAAUCGAUCCGUUUCCAAGGUCCAGAAAUAUUUGUUGGCAUAAAACACCUUUAAAAUAAGCUGGUCUUUUAUUGCAGAGGAUUAAACUGGCACUGGAAAUUA